AUGCGUGUCCAAGCAGCAACCUUCGCGGCCGCAGUGCUUCCCGCACUUGUGGCCGCUGUCGAAGCCCCCACAUUAAACGGUCUGAACCUCAUCUGGUCCGAUUCCUUUGCUGGGAAGGCCGGUGACGCUGUGGACACUUCCAAGUGGGAUAUUGCUCAAGCUAUCGACACCAACCAGGAGCUCCAAAGUUACACCGACGCAAGCUCUAACUUGCAAAUUUCCGGCGGCGGCACAGUUCAAUUCGUCCCUGUGAAGUCUUCAUCAGGACACUGGACCUCGGGGCGCAUUGAGUCCAAGGCAACAUGGACGCCACAGCCCGGGAAGAUUAUGCAAGUCGAGGCGUCUGCACGACUCGGCGACGCACAAGCAGCGCAAGCUCAGGGGAUGUGGCCAGCGAUAUGGAUGAUGGGAGACAGCAUCCACCACGGAACGCAGUGGCCAGCCUGCGGUGAGAUCGACAUCUUCGAGACGGUGAACAAGGCCGGCGCAGCCUAUGGCACCUUGCACUGCACUGCUUCAGCAUGCCGCCCCAAUGGAGCCGAAGGCCUCCAGGGAAGCACAGCUAUCGAUAAUGACUGGCACUCGUAUGCUGUCAAGAUUGACAGGACAAGCAACGACUGGAACACCGAGUCGAUCUCAUUCAUGAAGGACGGCGUGUCUUAUUUCACCGUCACCGGCGCAGCCAUCGGCGACGAGGCUGUCUGGGGUACGCUGGCUCACUCACCGCUGUACCUUAUCAUGAAUGUUGCAGUGGGCGGUACAUGGCCAGGUGACCCCAACGCAGACAGCCUGGCUGGGUAUGGCAACAUGCUCGAGGUCGAGUACGCUGCCGUCUACUCCAGCUAG